CCAACAUAACCUCGAAAACUCCUCGAAUCAAAGUCUUCAAUCUUCAGAAUUCAGUCUUCGCGUCUGUAAUAAUUUGCCGGGUCAUUCUGAGAUUUGUUAAUAAACAUUGAUAAACAUGGCAGGCGUAGCAGGACCCAAGGAUGUUAAUUCGUUUUUGAGUCAGAAACAGAACACUCCUGACAAGGAAUUAGCCGCAGAAUGGGGCGAGCUGGAGGAGUUGUACAACAAAAAGCUCUGGCAUCAACUUACCUUGAAGUUGGAAACAUUCGUCAAGCAUCCAUCUCUGCAGAAAGGGGACAAUCUCAUUCAGCUCUACAAAAACUUUCUCUCGACGUUCGAAAACAAGAUAAAUCCACUGUCCUUAGUUGAAAUACUGGCUCAUGUGAUUGAGCAGUAUCCGGACAAGAGGGAGGCCAUCAAGUUCUUGGAGGCAACAGAGCCCAAAGUUGAGAAGAAUAAUGAAGCAGUUUCACUGUGCAAAGUGCUCGAGGGCCAGAUACUCCUCGACAAACUCAAUGACCAGGAGAAGACGAAAAAAGUCAUUGAGGAUGUCGAGGCUAUGCUCGAUAAUGCUGAUGGAGUGACCACUGUUCAUGGGAGAUUCUACUUGCUGGCAAGUCGAUUAUACAGGCUUCAGGGAAAACAUGCUGAGUAUUAUCGUACGGCUUUGAGGUAUUUGGGUUGCAUCGACUUAAAGACCCUCACAAAACAAGAGAAGGAACAGCACGCAUUCUUUUUGGGUCUCGCCGCUCUUCUGGGUGAGGGUGUCUACAAUAUCGGAGAAUUGUUGGCACACCCGGUGCUUCAGUCCCUCAGAGGGACCCCCAAUGCCUGGCUGGUGGAUCUCCUCCAGGCUUUCAAUGCUGGAGAUAUAGCAGCACUCGAGAGACUCAAACCCCAGUGGUCUAAAGUUGCUGAUCUAGCCGCCCAGGAAUUAAAACUCAGACAGAAAAUUUCACUCCUCUGUCUCAUGGAGAUGACGUUCAAGCGGCAAUCGAAUAAUCGGCAACUCUCAUUCUCCGAAAUCUCCCAAGAGACUCGUCUCCCAGUCAACGAAGUAGAGCUCCUAGUAAUGAAGGCCUUGGCCCAAGGUCUUGUUCGUGGGGCCAUUGAUCAAGUAGCUGGGAUUGUUAACAUGACUUGGGUACAGCCCCGAGUUCUCGAUCGCACACAAAUUGCUGGAAUGGUGCAACAGCUCGAGAGAUGGUGCAAGGAUGUCAACACCAUGGAGCACCUCCUGGAGUCUCGGGCCUCUGAAAUUCUCACACUUUAAACUUCAUUAAUUUUUUUUCCAUUGGAUAUACACAACUCCAUUUUUUCACUGUAAUAAAUAUACGAUUGUCAUGUUGCUGCACUGUACAUGAUGACAAAUUGAUUGCAAUUAUCUUUGAAGUAAUAAAAAUUGUACAAAUCAUGAA